GUGUAGGGGUGUGUGUGUGAAAUCGCGCUCUUCAUAUAUCUGUAAACAAAACGCAGUCCAUAACUCUCUGUCCAUUUGUUUCCUAAAACUCUAGCGAUGAAACAGAAAACCAUCACCAUUUCAAGCUUUUCUCUCUUCCCACUCAUUAUCUUUUCCAUAUGCUGUUCCUUUGCAAGUUCAAACACCUUGAAUAGAGGCUCCUCUCUAUCAGUUGAAGAACAUGACUCAGACACUCUAACAUCCCCAGAUAAUACCUUCGCAUGCGGCUUCUAUGGCCUUGGAGGCAAUGCUUACUGAUUCUCAAUUUGGUUCACCAACUCCUCAGGCAGGACUGUCGUUUGGACGGCCAACCGGGACAAGCCCGUGAAUGGCCAAGGCUCUAAGGUCACGCUCCGGGGCACCGGCUCGUUGGUCCUGACCAACGUGGACGGUUCUGUGGUCUGGCAAACCAACACGACUUCUACAGAUGCCCGUUCGCUCGAGCUCUUGAAUUCGGGUAAUCUUGUGCUCAGAGGUCCUGAUAGGACAAUUCUAUGGCAAAGCUUUGAGUAUCCAACUGAUACUCUGCUGCCAAACCAGCUCCUCACUAAGAGCAAGAAAUUGGUGUCAUCUCUAAAAGGAGGAGCAUUUUACUCUGGCUACUUCAACCUGUACUUCGACAAUGACAAUGUGCUGAGGUUGAUGUAUGACGGACCGGACAUAUCCAGUCUCUAUUGGCCUAACCCGGACUUCAACGUGUUCGCGAACGGGAGAACAAAUUACAACAGUAGCCGGAUCGCAGUCCUAGACGAGAUGGGCCAUUUUCAAUCGAGCGACCAGUUUCAGUUCAAUGCUUCUGACCAAGGCCAGGGGAUCAAACGGCGGCUGACAAUGGACCCCGACGGGAACCUGAGGCUUUAUAGCUUGAACAAGCGGUCAGGGUCGUGGGUGGUGACGUGGCAGGCGCUUCCGGGACUGUGCAAUGUGCAUGGGAUAUGUGGGAGGAACGGGAUUUGUGUAUACACACCUGAGCCCAAGUGCACAUGCCCCCCAGGUUAUGAGAUGAGCGAGCCUAGUGACUGGGACAAAGGUUGCAAGCCCAAGUUCAAUUUUACUUGCUCCAAGUCUCCGGACAUGAAGUUCAUGGCGCUUCCCAACACCGACUAUUACGGUUUCGACCUCGUCUACAACAACAACGCCUCGUUCAAUUUCUGCAGGCAGGCCUGUUUGGAUGACUGCAGCUGCUUGGGGUUCAGCUACCGUGAAACGCAAAGAUUGUGUUUCACGAAGAGCUCGCUCUUCAACGGCUACAAGGCCCCAUCUUUUCCUGGAACCUUACAUCUGAAACUGCCCGUCUCCCUGGUCGCAUCCUUGGAGCCGAUUCGCAACGGCAGUGAUCCUGAGUGCUCCAGGGCCAGAGACCAAUUAUUGGUAGCUUCCUUAACCUUGUAUGACAGUAUAGGCAAGAGGGUGAGAUGGGCCUACCUCUAUUGGUUCGCGUCCGCUAUCGGGGCGAUCGAGAUCCUCAUCUUUUUCUUGAGCUGGUGGAUCCUCUUCAGGAAGCGUGAUGUCCAGAGCAUAGUGGAAGAUGGGUACCGCACAAUAACGAGCCAGUUCAGGAGGUUCAGCUAUGAGGAGCUCAAGAGUGCGACCCAGAACUUCAAGGGAGAGAUAGGGAGGGGAGCGUCAGGAUCCGUGUACAAGGGCGUUUUAGCAGACGAAAGGGUCGUGGCAGUGAAGAAACUCGGAGAUGUGUACCAUGAGGAGGAGGUCUUCUGGGCUGAAGUCAGUACAAUUGGGAAGAUAAAUCACAUGAACCUGGUGAGGAUGUGGGGGUUCUGUUGUGAGUGCAAGCACAAGCUCUUGGUCUAUGAGUAUGUAGAGAAUCGGUCCCUGGACAAGCACUUGUUCUCAGGGGACUUCAUCGAGUGGAGGGAUCGGUUCAGGAUCGCGCUCGGCACCGCCAAAGGCCUGGCAUACCUGCACCACGAGUGCCUCGAGUGGGUCAUCCACUGCGACGUGAAGCCCGAGAAUAUCCUCUUGGAUAAGACAUUCGAGCCCAAGAUCGCAGACUUUGGGUUGGCGAAACUGCUCCAGAGGGACGGCACGAAUUCGCAGUUCUCGCGCAUAAGGGGCACGAAGGGCUACAUGGCGCCUGAGUGGGCCCUGAACCUCCCGAUCACGGCGAAGGUCGAUGUGUACAGUUACGGGGUGAUGGUCCUGGAGAUAGUGAGGGGGAUUCGGCUCUCGAAUUGGGUCGUGAAGAAAGCAGAGAACGAGGAGCAGGAGGCCGAGCUGACGGUCUUCAUCCGGGAGAUGAAGAGGAGUAUUCAAUGUGGAGAUGAAUUGGGGAUAGAGGAUUUGGUGGACAAGAGAUUGAACGCGAAAUAUAGCAGGAAGCAGGCAAGAAUGCUUGUUGAGAUUGGUGUGUCGUGCGUGGAGGAGGACAGGAACAAGAGACCAACCAUGGAUUCAAUAGUGCAUCAACUGCUAGAAAUCGAUGAUGAACCUAAAUUGCCUAAGUCAGAUGAUGAAGAUUAAGAUCGAUUUUCAAUUUUUCGCCUUUCUGUUUGGUGUAAAUGACUGUGUCGUCAUACUGUUAUGCAAGAAAUUCAUCUCAUUCUGUAUCUAUAUGAAAAUGAGAAGGAGAUUAUUCGUCGUGA